CUCCUUCGCCCAAAAUGACCAGCAAACCAACGCUUCAACUGCUCGAGGCUAGCAUCAGCGACCUCAAACAGUUGCUGGAUGAUCGAGUCAUCACAAGUGUUGAGCUUGUUGCUCUUUACCUGCAUCGCAUUGGCAAAUAUGACUGUCGCGGUCCCUGUCUGAACUCAAUUACUUUGAUAAACCCAGAGGUCUUCACUGAAGCUCAAGCCUCGGAUGAUUACCGUGCCUCCGGGAAACCGGCACGACCUCUCGAGGGUAUUCCUUUUACUGUCAAAGACAGCUACAAGGUCAAAGGCAUGACAGUCGCAGCUGCAUCUCCUGCGUUUGCAAAGCUCGAAGCUACCUCCGACGCUGCCAUCGUUGAGCUGCUUCGCAAAGCAGGGGCAGUCGUGCUUGGUAAGACCAAUAUGCCACCAAUGGCUGAUGGCGGCUGUCAGCGCGGCUUGUACGGACGGUCAGAGAGCCCAUAUAAUCAGAAGUAUAUGCCCACUGCUUAUGCAUCUGGUUCCUCCUAUGGCUGCGGUGUAUCUACUGCCGCAGGUCUGGCUCCCUUUGGCUUCGCCGGAGAAGCCGUCACUUCAGGUCGCUCGCCAGCAUCCAACAAUGCCCUAGUCGCCUAUGCCCCCUCCCGCAGUGUUAUUCCUCCCCGAGGAUUAUGGCCAUUGUACCCAACUUGCGACCAGGUCGUUCCUCACACGAGGACUAUGGGUGACCUGUUUCACGUUCUAAACGUUGUCGUCGCGGAUGAUGAUGCUGCCGGCGACGCUGACUUUUGGCGCUCGCAACCAUAUGUAUCACUCCCCAGGGUUAGUGAGAUUCGACCGGCAGACUAUCUUGCGUUGGCCAAUCCAGACGCCCUUCGAAACAAGCGACUGGCUGUCCCUCGAUGUUUCAUUGGAGUUGAAGGUGCCAAGCCAGUGAACGCAUGCUCUGCAGGCGUCCGGGCGCUAUGGGAGAGAGCGCGCGCAGACAUUGAGAAACUAGGCGCCACCGUCAUUGAGACUGAUUUCCCGCUCUUUGAGAACUACACCAAACAGGACUUUCCCGGCCAGAGCAUGAAUGUUCCCAAUUUACCAGAGGAAUGGCCAGCGCUCGAGCGGUGCGAGAUGAUUGCCUUGAGUUGGAACAGCUUCCUCCGCGGCAAUGGUGAUAAGGAUAUACCCAACUUCACAUCUGGCGUCGAGCUUGACAAGAUUCACCCUCACAUUGCCCCAAUGGAUGACCCAUCUCAGCACACCGAGUCCCAAAAUCAGGUCCGCUACGAGGACAUGGUUGCUGCAGUAAAGAGCUGGGGAGACAAGAGCCUCGCUGACCUGCCUGGGUGUCGAGAGGCGCUCCAGGCCUUGGAGGCCAUGCGGAAGAAGGAUUUGGAGGACUGGAUGGUCGAGAACAAGUAUGAUGCUGUGGUGUUUCCGACUAAUGGCGAUGUUGCGUUGGCUGAUUCGGAUGAAAAUUACGAGUCGAUGAUGUCUGCACUACGUGAUGGAGUCAAGUAUGCAAAUGGUGGCCGAUCGCUGAAGCAUCUUGGGGUUCCCUGUAUAACUGUGCCCAUGGGGAAUCUUGUUGAGGAGAAGAUGCCUGUCGGACUCUCUUUCUGCGGCAGAGCGUAUGACGACUCUAACCUACUGAGCUAUGCAUUUGCCUAUGAGGAAGCCACGAAGCGUCGGGAGAUUCCGCCAUUGGCGCCGUCACUGCCUUCGGACGAGAUUACAGUCACCGCCUCCAGUCCUUCGUCUCCCACUAUCGCCACACCAACCCUCAAGAUAGCAUCGAUUACGGCUGUCUGUGAGAAUACCUCUGACUCAGAUGUCCGUGUAGUCAAGGUAACAGGAACUUGUGACUUGGGAAGCUCACCUGAGGCUUCACCCGGCUUGGAAGUCUUUGCCAAUGGUGAGCCAACAUCCCCUGUAAGUUGGACGGGAAACAACUGGGUGUGGAAGGCUCGCCUCACUCGACCUAAGAGUGGCGACAAGUACCCGGCGCUGGCGAAGGUCCCUAGAGAUCAGUUUCUGAUUGUGGUUAUUGCAAAGGCAAACAACGGACGCUCUGCAGGUUCUUUUACCUUGCUUGACUAAGUGAAUAGCACCAACAGUUCCCUAUCGGCGCCAUGAUAUGCAAUUAAAUAUACUUCAGUUACUGUUGA